UCCACUUUCAAGUUCAUCAGCUUUCAAGUUUAUUGUCCCACAGGGAUUUGCCUGGGGCGUUUUCCAUGGAGAGCUGGCAGUGCUCUUGGCUUCUGAGCUCUCUGUCAGCAUCUCUGUGUGGGUGAGGAGCAAACAAAGCCAAAACUUUUGAUGAGGAGUGUUUGUAAAAGAGCCCAAAGCUUCCCAUGGCCCUGUCUGGGGUGGGGAUUGGAGCUGGUGACAGAUUUAUGGGAUUUUUCCCAGCACCUGGAUGGUGUUGCCAGUUUCCAGUGUAACAAGAUCCCAUGAGGGUGAGUGGUUUUUGGAGUUGUUCCUGUUGCCUGUGGAGCCACGUGAUGGGGUGAACUCACAGCCCUGGAGCAGGCAGGGCUGCAGAACCCAUCCCUGCAGGAGAAGAGUGGCCUUUGCUCCAGGAAGGGCACACAGACACUGCAAGAGCUGAUUCUUCCUUUUCUUUCAACCAUUCACCGCUGGAUUUGCUUUGUUCCAACCCUCCACGGGUCCUGCACCUUUUGGGAAGCUCUGACACCACAAUUCCCAGGCUAAGGAGUUCUGUUUUCAUGGUGUUUCAGCAUUGUCAAACAACUUCAGCAUGUGCAGCUGCUCUGGGGGAUCUGUCUGAGUCUACCUGAGCCUCCUGCUUUUCUUCUGGAGCUGCUGGAGGGGAAACUUGCUCCACAUCAGCACAGCCUCCUGGUUUGAGGAGGGCUACAGCUCCUGCCCUGCCUCUCAUCCCUGUUCCUGUGUGCUUUCCAUGACCUUUUGAUAAACAGUGACUUCUUGUCAGCCUUGAGAUCUGUGUUUGCCUCUUCUGAUGUCUCCAGCCCUGUCUUGGGUGUUUGCCUUUGACAGCAACACUCACAGGAGCUGAUGUGGUGCAACUGUGGGAUCUGCAGUUCCUGAACCCUGCCUGCCUGAUCCAAGAGGAGGAGGAAGAGGAAGGAGAGAGCCUCCUGUCUGUGCCACUCUUCAGCUCUUCACAUUCCUCAGGCUCCAGCUCCAGCUCUGGACCCCCACCCUGCUGAAGGGCUUGAAAAUGCCUGGUGGCUCGUGGAAAGUCAGAUCCCCAGGAAGGCAGCAGUGGGAGUGAAGGUUUCACAGUCUGCUCCCCACUCAGCUGCUGUGGGGCUGGUUGGUGCUUCCCAGCAGGGAGAGAGAGAAAUGCUGAAUUUGAGAGAAAUGCUGGAUUUGAGAGAAAUGCUGAAUUUGAGAGAGAAAUGCUGAGUUUCUGACCAGAAAACACUGAAUCCUUCAAGAAGAGGCACCUCCAGCAUGGCCCAGAAAAGCCAAACUGGUGGAACUGAGAAGAAAGAGUCCUCCCUCCUGUACUGCAAGGGUGAUUUCAAGGAAGGAGCCCUGCAGUGGGUGACAGAACCCCCCCAAGGCCGGGUGCUGCUGGUGCUCAGCAUGGACAACACCUGCCCCACCUCCUCCUUCGACAUGGACCUUUGUGCUGAGAAACUGCAGUCCCUCGGGGUCCAGGUGCCGGCAGAUCCGUGGAAAAGGCUGAUCCAGGAGGGCGUCCUGAGGCCUGAAGUGCGGCGGUACCUGUUCUACAGCUCCAGGGGCUUCCAGAUCGCCAUGGCUGUGGUUUUCUACAUCUCUCUCUGGACAAACCUUUACUCCACGCUCCAGCUGUGUUCCCUGGGGCACUCCUGGGGGGCUGGUGUGCUGGUGACCCUGGUGGCCCUGGCUCUCACUGCCCUGGUGAUCCUGGUCAUUGAUUGCCACCAGAGGAAGCUAAACGUGAACACAGAUGUGAGGCUGGCAGCUGUCAAUGAAAUCUUUAUCGAACACAACAUAAUCCUGGGGAUUACAAAUGUCCUUGAUGGGCCACACAACGUCCUACAACUGUGGUUUGUGCACUUCAGCCCCGAGCGCUGCCUCCAGGCCCUGUCAGCCCACAUCACUCACCUGCAGGGGACACAGGCAGGCUUGAGGCACAGGCUGGACAAGCUCUGUGUGGCCAUGGAUGUGGCAGUUCAGCCCGAGCUGGGGAUGGAGGAGGAGGCUCCAUGUGAAGAAUCCCCUCUUUUAUCCAGCAGGGUGACCCUGAAUAAAAAUCCCGUGACCUGCAAUGAGCUCCUGCACCUCAUCCCAGAGGGCCCACCCGAGGCCAUGGCCCAGCAGCUCCUGGUGAUUUUCAGUGGAUGCUACGUCCGGCUCCUGGUGACAGGCCGGCUCCCUCGGGCCGGGCCAGGGACACACCUGGGCCACAGCAGUGUCCCCUGCCUCUGCCAGUUCAUCCAGACCACCGUGCUCCACACCCACCACAGCUGGGGCAGGUGACCAGAGGGGGCAGGAAAACACCCAAAUAGAGCUGUCCCCACACUCACCGGUGUGGAGAAGCUGUGGGGCAGAGAAGGGAGCUGAAAUUCCUUGUCCUGAAUGGAUGAGUGGAAAUAGGACUCCAAUAAAACAUGCAAGAAAGCUGC